AUGUAUUUGUUUAAAAACGCAAAAGAUUCCCUUAUCAACUCCUUACAGUAUGAUAAAUCGUCCCCCUUAAUAAAAUUAAAUUAUAUUUGCAAGGUUCUUCUUAGGUUUACUUUUUUGGUGUCUUUCUCUUUCUUAGCUAUAAUAGUGUCAACAUUAUAUGUGGAAAAUAAUAUAAUAAAUAAAAAGUUAUUACAAUCAUUUGAAAUAACAUCACUUAUGCUGUCCCUACUAUCCUUUAUCAUAUUAAUAAGACAAAACGGAACUUAUAUACUAUCUAAAAUUAAAAUGUAUCCUUUCUCUUUUAAGGAUUUAAUCGAUGUGUCCUUAUCCACAGGAGUAGUGACCAUAUCAGUCCUUGAUAUUUUUCUGUGUUAUCUUUUUCUUAUAGUUGAACUUUUAGUCUUUUUAAUAGCUCUAUUUUCGCUGUAUGAGUGUUUAGAUAACCCUUAUAUGAAGGACAAUGAAAACAUGAACUCUUUCAGUUUACAAUUCACUUCAGUGUCUUAUAUAGGCCUUUAUAUAAUUUCUCAAAUGAUCGUGUUUAGAUCUAUGCCUUAUCACCCUACGGAAUAUUUGGGAUAUAUAUUUAAGAACAUAUUUGAUGAUAUCUUCUGUGUCAUGAAAAAGAUAUGGAAUUUUUUAUUUUAA